GUGAAAGUGUAAAACAAAAGGAGUGUUCUUCUUCUGCUACUCUUCUCUUCCUGCGUUGCUGCUUGCUAGCUUCUCCGGUGAGCGACGAUGGCGACGCCGGCACUCACCGAGCUUGAUGACGACCUCGUUCGCAGCAUGUCCAUCGGAGCCGUCUUCUCCGACUUCGGUGGGAGGAUAAAUUCGAUUGAUUUCCAUCGUAAGGAUGAUUUACUUGUCACAACUGCUGAGGAUGAUUCAGUGCGUCUCUAUGACAUUGCUAAUGCUAAGUUGUUGAAGACUACUUAUCAUAAGAAACAUGGUGCUGAUCGUAUAUGCUUUACUCAUCAUCCGAGCUCUCUCAUAUGCUCUUCAAGGUACAAUUUGGAGUCUACUGCAGAAUCAUUGCGGUAUUUAUCAAUCUAUGAUAAUCGCUGCCUACGUUACUUCAAAGGGCACAAACAGAGAGUUGUUUCGCUCUGCAUGUCUCCAAUCAAUGAUAGCUUCAUGUCUGGUUCUCUUGACCACAGUGUCAGGAUAUGGGAUCUUCGUGUAAAUGCCUGCCAGGGAAUCUUACAUCUACGUGGCAGACCUGCUGUUGCCUAUGACCAACAAGGACUGGUCUUUGCCGUAGCAAUGGAAGGGGGCGCUAUUAAAUUGUUUGACUCUCGUUCUUAUGACAAGGGUCCCUUUGACACCUUUCUAGUUGGUGGUGACACAGCUGAGGUUUGUGAUAUCAAAUUCAGCAACGAUGGCAAAUCAAUGCUUCUGACUACUACUAAUAACCAUACCUAUGUUCUUGAUGCAUAUGGAGGGGAGAAGCGCUGUGGGUUUAAUUUGGAACCAUCUCCUGGUACAACAAUAGAGGCUACAUUUACCCCAGAUGGGAAGUAUUUAGUAGCAGGCUCAGGAGGAGGAACAAUGCACGCUUGGAAUAUUGAGACGAAAAAUGAGGUGGCAUGUUGGAGCAGCCAUAUUGGUGUGCCUUGGUGCUUGAAGUGGGCCCCUCGCCGGGCCAUGUUCGCUGCAGCCUCAAGUGUUCUCACGUUUUGGAUACCCAAUAACGAGUAUGGUGCUACUGCUACUCCAAUCACUUCUCCAUUGAUCUGAAUAUCAUUAUCCUCACCCAUUGCAUCUCCCAGUCCCAACCUGAAAUGUUCUUUUUUCGGUGCAUCUAGAAAUCAGCUAAUAACAUUGUGAUUUCGAAGCUUCUUAGUUUGCAUCACUUUUAAGCAAAAAUAGUGGAUGCAUUAAGAUGAUGUCAAUUGUAAAUCCAUCACUGUGAUUGAAAGUUUUAGGACAUACAUUGAAUGCUCUUCAAUAGUGAAGAUUUUUUUUAAUACAACAGUCAUACCUUUAACAUGUUUUUACAAGUUAUUGCAACCUUUUAAUGUCC